GUCAUAUCCAAACAAAAUAAGUUAACUAGAUUUAUAACUAAUUUACAAAUUAGUCUAGAACAAUUGGUCUAGAAACUGCCACUUCCUUGAGUUAGGAGUCACCUCCUCUUUUCGGAAGUACGCACUCCCCUAAGCUGUACGAAAGAUACAGGGCUUUCAUUUGACAAUAACAGUAAACAUCGCUCACUCUCCAAAAUGGCUGGGAACGUAAAGGCGUUUUAUGAACUUUCAGCUAAAUUGCUGUCUGGGGGUUUGCUUAAGUUUUCUUCGUUAAAAGGUAAAGUUGUUCUAAUUGAAAAUGUUGCGUCACUUUGAGGAACAACGACCAGGGACUACAUUCAGAUGAACGAGCUUCAUUCACGGUAUUCUGAAAAGGGGCUUGUAAUUCUGGGCGUGCCCUGCAACCAGUUUGGUCAUCAGGAGAAUUGUCAGAAUGAUGAGAUCCUGAAGUCCCUGAAAUAUGUCCGUCCAGGAAAUGGCUUUGAGCCCAAAUUCACACUUCUUCAGAAGGUGGACGUGAAUGGGAAGGAUGCUCAUCCCCUGUUUGUGUAUCUCAAGGAGAAGCUGCCCUUUCCCAGCGAUGACUCCAUGGCCCUCAUGAGUGACCCUAAGUUCAUAAUAUGGAGUCCGGUCUGCAGAAACGACAUCUCCUGGAACUUUGAGAAGUUCCUGGUCGGUCCUGAUGGGGAACCUUACAAGCGUUACGGCAGAAGAUUUCUGACCAGUGACAUUGAGGCAGAUAUUAAGCAGCUAUUCAAGGUGCAAGGGAAAUAAACCGCCCUGGCAAAGCUCUCGGGGUACAGUGCUGGUGAUAGAUACAGGGAUGAAGAGAGAUUAAAGGGAUAACAUAAAACGUCUUCACAUAGCUGCUUAUCUGCAGUCACACAUUGUUUUUAUCACAUACAUUCCAGUAACAACUCUUUGCUAUCAGCCUACGCCUCCUUAGCAAUAUGCAUGCUACCUUUGUUUCAAAUGGCUUUGCUCUCCUUUGCUGGAUACUGCUGACAUUUAGACUCUUUACUACAUGAAGAUAUUUCUUAAAACCAUUUUUUUGUAAUGGGAAUUUCUGAUUAACAUGUAAAGAACCUGAAUCUAACAGUAGUGUGUUGCAUGUGAAUAGCAAAGACCAGCAGAAAAAUAAAUAUCAUACUAAGAAAUAAUUUGUUUUUAUUUACCAUUACAGAUCAAUGUUAUAGUACAAUCAGAGUUAUAAUAUCAGUUACACAUUUUAAAGCUGUUAAAUUUAAACCAAAGAAAUAUGCCAGCCUAGAUAACAGAGAACCAAACCAUGUCCUAUGACAAAAUAAUAUAUAUCUUUUUAAUUUUUCUAUUAUUCCUUUCAGUCAGUCACCAAAGAUCAGUGGUUCAUUUAUGUACUGGGCCUAGAUUUGCUUUCCAAUGUCUAACAGGUUUGCCAUGAAAUUUGCUCUUUCUCAAAGAGUUGUAAUGACCAGAAUCAUACAGUAUGUCACUAAGUUGUCAGCUGUAUGUGCAAAUGAAUAUAAGUGACUGAAUAAGGUUCAACUCACUGAGGAAAGAAGUCAUUGUAAUGAACAGAAAGAGCAUACUCCUGCUCCAUUUCUAACACAAUAUCUCCGAACUGGACACAACUCCUUUUCUGUUCCUGUCAACUAGCAAACUGUUAGAACUGUCUCCCUCUGGUGAUAGAGGCUCCACAUCUAUGUCCUGAUCCCCACAUACAUGGUUCAGUUCAUUCUCAAACUCUAGUUUAGCCACCAGAUCCUCCAGAGUUUGAAUAUCAGAGCUCCCUUGGUACAAGACACAACUUAAGAGGUUUACUGGUUUGUGCUUGCCACAUUUAAGUGAUCAAUUUGUGUCUCUAAACUAAUAUAAGUGAUACUCAUUUAGUGAGAACAUUUGAAAUUACAGUGCUUAAUUCAACCACUAUGUGUAAACAGUCUAAAAUUGUUGUAAUACUAACUUAAAGCUUCAAGUACAUCCUUCGGGAAUGGAGCUUUAGGUUUGCUUGAGAUUGUCAAGUCUUCAUUUUUAUGCCUCAACUCCUCAUGCCUUUUGAUUAGCAAUAUAUUAAAUAAAUUCAA